AUGUCGGACGACGGGGAAUAUAAUUUCUCUUUGACAACGUUCAGCCCUAGCGGGAAGCUGGUACAGAUCGAGAAUGCUCUGGCAGCUGUUUCCAAGGGCGCGCCAACUCUAGGCAUAAAGGCCAAGAAUGGUGUAGUCAUCGCCUCGGAACGGGCGACGCUCUCGCCCCUUGUGGAGACGGACUCAAUUUACAAGAUCGAUUAUUUCACGCGCAACAUUGGUGUAGUGGCAGCCGGUAUGCCGGCUGAUUUCAGAAUCGUGUUAAAAAAGGGACGGAAGGAGGCGAUCAAAUACAAGAUGGUAUAUGGUGAUGAUAUACCCGGGGCAGAACUAGUCAAGGAGGUCGCCAGCAUUAUGCAGGAGUACACGCAUUCCGGUGGCGUGCGUCCCUUCGGUAUAUCUCUCCUGCUCGCAUCUUACGAUUCAGAGGGUCCGCAACUAUACCAAAUCGACCCAUCCGGAGCAUACUUCGGCUGGCGUGCUACGGCAAUCGGUGAUCGUAUGCAAAAUAAUAUGACCUUUUUGGAGAAGCGUUACAACGAAGAUAUGGAGCUGGAAGAUGCCAUACAUAUCGCUAUAUUAACUUUGAAAGAAGGAUUCGAAGGUGAAAUGAACGCAGAAAACAUAGAGAUCGGUGUGGUCGGUCCGGAUGGAAUCUUCAAGAUUCUACCCAAGGACAUAGUCAACGAUUACCUUAAUGAACUGCUCUAA